AUGAUGAAAAAAAUCCAAAGUGCAGAAAAUGUAGGAGCUGUGGAACGAUUUAUUGACAUCUUUGAGUCACCUGAUACGACCGGUGAAACGCUGUGCAAUCAACCUACUUCUGAUUUAGAAGAGCUUGGUUUGUCAUCAAAUAAUCUUGUCGGUUACUCUUUUGACGGUGCUGCUAACAUGGCAAGUGUUGAAAAAGGUCUACAAGGAAGAUUAAAGCGUAUUUUACUUUUAUCAGUCUACAUUCAUUGUUGUGGACAUCGGCUCAACUUAGUCUUUGUGGAUACUUGUAAACGCAUCGCACCUGCAACUGACUUGUCUAGCAUUGUUCAAUCAACAGCAGUUUUCUUAUCAGAGAUUCAUAAGAGAUUGGAUUAUUAUAAAAAUGCAUCGGCAAUUGUAUUUACUGGCGUUUCUAAACUAAGAGUUCUGGUUAAGAAAGUACAUGGAACAAGAUGGUGGAUUAAAAGUAAAUCUCUCACUCAAUUAUUUGGUCAAGAAUCUCUUUUGCCAAUUCUCAUUUUCGUGCUGGAGACCAUUAUUGAUGACACAUCCUUUAAAUCAGAUGUAAGAAGUACUGCUAACGGACUUCUAAAUAAAUGGUCUAUGAUGGAUACAAUUGUGAAUGGUUUAAAAAUUCUUUGUCGACUCGUAAAUAUCGAUGAUGAAGUAGACGUCGAGAGUCGACUAUUGUCCUUCGCAAAGAAUUAUGAUAGAUUGAAAAAAAGCAUUGGAGUAGAAUUGCGACCUGAAGAAACCGGAAGCAGAAGAUAA